AUGCGUCUCGUGGGCCUCUCCUCGCUCCUACUCCUCGCGAUGAGCGCGGGCGGUGCUGCCGCGCAGGGCCUCGGUGGCUUCGACCUCGGAGCGAUCACGUCCGCGCUGACCGACGGCCUCGCGUCGCUCUACUCGUUCCCCCAGCUCGGCCUGCUCGGGGGCAGCGGCGACAUCCUCGGCAAGUUUCCAGAGAUUGACGUCGCCGCCGUUGUGAGCUCCGUCCUGGGCCCGCUGAAGGACGAGAUCCAGAUCAAGAGCAAGAAGAGCGACGUGGACGACCUGUACGCGGCCUACCUGCAGCUCGACAACAAGAUCUGCGACUACCAGGUCAUCAAGGGGGACAAGACGUACGCAGAGUGCACGGGCAAGUCGAUGGUCAUCACGUUCCGGGGCGGCGACUGCGAGGUCGACAGCGCGACGGAGACCGUCACGUGCACCAAGCCGUAUGCCACCAUGUUCGUGGAGCCACCGUCCUGCCAGCACGUCUUCACCGAGUCCAGUCUCUUCUGCGACAGGGAGUGCAAGAUCGAGGUGGAGCUCGGCAUGACCAAGACCAACGUCAUCAAGGCGCCCGAGGUCGUGCUGAGGAAGUCCAAGGACUGGUCGCUGGUCCCCGACAUCGUUGCCUCGUGA